CCUCGCGCUUCCCGUUGCUUCGCAGUGAUUGGUCGCUGAGAAAACAUGGCGCUGUCCGCGUAAUUGUGAAAUUAUCAUGAAUAAAUCUCUUAUUAGGGGUUUUAGAGCAUAGGUGAGGUGUGUUAUUUGUGUGUGUAUAUGUAAGGCGCAUUUUUUCUUGCUUGUAUAACUAUUGGUGGGGGGUUAGCUGGACGUUUCUGUACUUUAGCUUCGCGAGCUCGGUUACAAACCUGCUAGCAAAAUAUAACAGGAUCAGGAUAGCAGGAUCAGGUUGUCUUGUUUCAACUGAACGCCCUCAACAUGCCUGCUUUUCGGCAAGUUGGAGAGAAGCAGCUUCCUAAUCCUGUGCUGUGUAUGGCAUGGUCUCCUAAACGGGAUCUGAUCGCUUUGGCCAACACAACUGGAGAGUUGCUUCUGCAUCGUCUGGCUAGUUUCCAGCGUGUUUGGAGCUUACCACCCAGUGAGUAUACUGGGAAGGAGAUCACUGCACUUGCCUGGAGACCUGAUGGCAAAAUAUUGGCUUUCAGUGUUGGAGACACCAAGCAGGUGGUUCUGUGUGGUGUUGAGAAGGCUGAGAUCCUCCAUGUGUUUCCAAUGCACAGCCCUGUAACAUGCAUGCACUGGACAGAAGUGGUAGAGGAGAGCAGUGCCCUCAGCUCCUUUUACAACUCAGAGGAUGAAUCUAAACUUUUUCUUCCCAAGUUACCAACACUCCCCAAAAGCUACAGCACAACAUCAAAGAUCUUCAGUGAGGAGAAGUCAGAUGAGAUAAUGAACCUUUUGGGAGAAGUCAGGCUAAAUAUACUUGUUCUUGGUGGAGACACUGGGUUUGUCGAGCUUUAUGCGUAUGGAAUGUACAAGAUUGCAACUCUCACAGGAGUGACUGGAACCUGUCGCAGCUUGAGUCUGUCUAGUGAUCUCAAGUCGUUGUCCAUCAUUACAGAGGUCAGGUCUGCUGAUAGCAACCCAGAGAUCUGCUACGUUCAGCUGGACACAGGGUUGUUGUCAGACUGUUUGCCUGAGGUCACCAGGAUGGCUCGCAAGUUUACCCACAUCUCCACCCUGCUGCAGUACUUGCACCUCUCACUCAACUGUAUGUGUGAAGCAUGGGAGGACAUCCUAAUGCAGAUGGAUCUUCGACUCACCAAGUUUGUUCAGGAAAAAAACACAAGCACACAGGUUCAGGAUGAGUUUCUAGAGCUUUUGCUGUGGGGACAGUCAAGCCCUGAACUGCAGGCUCUUCUAAUGAACCAACUCACAGUCAAGGGCCUGAAGAAACUUGGGCAGUCUAUUGAGUCCUCUUACUCCAGCAUCCAGAAGCUAGUGAUCAGCCACCUGCAGAGUGGCUCUGAGGCUCUGUUGUACCACCUCAGUGAGGUAAAAGGCAUGUCCUUGUGGAGGCAAAAGUUUGAACCCCUUGGUCUAGAUUCAGUGGCUAUAGAAGGCGCUAUCACAGCAGUUGGUUCCUUUUCUCUGAAAGCAAAUGAACUUCUCCAGGUGAUUGACAAGAGUAUGAAAAACUUCAAAGCCUUUUUCCGGUGGCUGUACGUAGCUAUGCUAAGAAUGUGUGAAGAGCAUGUACCGCCAGAACUUAACAAGAUGACUCAGAAGGACAUUGCCUUUGUUGCCGACUUCCUGUCUGAGCAUUUUAGUGAGAAUGAAGAACUCUUUGAUCGUAAAGGAAAGUACUUCAACGUAGAACGUGUUGGUCAGUACCUGAAGGAUGAGGACGAGGAUCUUGUGUCUCCACCCAACACUAUGGGAAACCAGUGGCUGAAGUUUUUGCAGGAGAGCACACAUCUAAAGGGGAGCCCUUUGCUCUUUCCUUCUUAUCCACAAAAGUCUUUACACUUUGUAAAGAGGAUGAUGGAGAAUGUGAUUGAGCAGUGUCUCCAAAAACCUGCAGAAGUAAUUGGAAGGUCUGUAAAACAGGCUGUCGUCUUGUCCCUGUACACUAUACCAAAGAGUUUUGAAAACACGCCACGACUUUUCGAACUUCCAUCAUUGUGGAAUGACAAAAAGGGGAAGAUGCAUUACGUUGUGUUCUGCAUGCCAGAGAUAUCACCUCAUAAGCUGUACUUAUUAAGGAAAGCAACCGAUCCAAACAAACUUACCCCCAACAGUGUGAUUUCUGUUGAUCUGAGCCACCAUCUUGAUAAUACUGAAGAUGAAAAUGCUACAGCCCAGUCUCAUUAUGUUUACAGCUGCCUGGAUGCUCGUUUCUAUGACGAUGACAUGCUAACUGUGGUUUUACAAGGAGCAGAAGACAGCAGUAGGCGGCUUCUGGCUCAGCUCCCCCUUGCUUCCACUCUGAGCUGUGAGACUGAAUUCAACUGGGAGCCAAAUCUUAGGCUGGACCAGCAGAGUGGUGCCAUUCCAUGCCAAGGCCUGGUGUUGGGGAAUCAGUGGCGUGAACUGGAGAACAUGAAGGCCCAGUUUGUAGCUGUCAAUGGAAUACGAAAAGUGUCCUGUGUGCUAAGUGUGAAUCUGAGGCACAUACGAGUUUUUGAAAUGGAUGUAGAAGAUGAGGACGAUGAAGGUGCUGAUUCACAGAACGCCAGUGCAGAUCAAGAUGGGCUUGAAACUACCAUGAGCAGCCAGGGGUUGGGAGAGGAGGAGCAUGCGGAUGCUGAAGGUGAAUCUGGAGAAGAUGUGUUAAAGAAGACAGAGGCGCAGCUGGAGUCAGAAGAAGCUCUUGAACUGUCUUAAAACUGAGAAACGUUUAAGAUGAAGCACUAAGCACCAUUUUUUUACAGUGUUCUGAAAAUACAUAUUUGUAUAUGAACUGCAUUUUGUUUGGCAUUUGUUCUAUUUUUUGUAAUGCCAACUCUCUAUAUUACUAAUAAUAAAUAUGAAGAUAAAUACUG